AUGGUCACCAAGGACGGCAAGCUCUUCCAUAUCGACUUUGGCUUCAUCUUGGGCAAAGAUCCCAAGCCAUUCCCGCCUCCCAUGCGCAUCUGCAAGGAGAUGGUUGAAGGGAUGGGUGGUAACCCUUCGCCUGGGUACCAGUCCUUCAAGUCCAAGUGCUGUCAGGCCUUCAAAAUCCUCCGACGGCACUCCAAGCUGAUCAUCAACCUCCUGUACCUGAUGACGGAUUCUGGCAUCAAGGACAUCUGCAGCGAUCCCCAGUUCGCCAUCCUCAAAGUGGAGCAGAAAUUCCAGGCUUUGAUGGACGAUGAGCAGGCAGAGGAGCACUUCCUGAAUCUCAUAGAUGAGUCGGUGGGUGCGCUCAGAUCUCAGCUUGCAGAGCAUUGCAGGGCCAUUGACAGCCAGGCGGAGGAGGACUUCCGGAAGGCAGUCCUGCAACUGCUGAUAACUGGCGGUGGCUGGCCAGACUUCAAGCAGCGGCUGCGUCAUGUUCUCGAGGGCCGGUGCCAGGCAAAGAAUGCUUGCGCCGAAGGCCCAAAGCCGCUUGAGUUGGAGGUGGAUCCGCGCUUCACGUCUCCAAGAGCCUGCAGCAGCGGGGCAGUGCACCAGGCCCUGCUUGGCCUGGGCGAAAUGACGAGAAUUCCUUUGUUUAGGGCCAGAGCAGAUCUCUAUCGCUCUGAGGGCCCCUCUGUCGUGCUGAGUAAUGCUAGCAUCACGCAGUCAAGAGAUUGCUUCGCAUUUCGUGGAGCCAACAGCAGCCUUGCACUGCGGUUGGCAGACCAUGGUUUGAACGGAGUUCGAGCUCGCCAGCUUGUGAUCGAGCAGCCUGCUCGCUGGGCGGCGCUGCGGCCGCGUUCGGCGCCGCGGCGCUUUGCCGUUUUCGGGCUGCCAGGCUCGGUGAGUUCGAAGGCAGGAGAGACUGCGUAUACGGAGCAUAUGGGUAGCUUUGAAUAUGCUGCCGCAGGGCCGGCUGCACAGGCGUUUGACCUGCCACCAGCGCUGGUGAAGGGACUACGCCUGGUCUUCGCAGGACCCGAGUGGGGCGAGAACUACGUCUGCCUGUAUCGCGUGAAAGUGUUUGAGGAAAGUGGCACAGUUUGCAGUGGGCAUCGAACCGCCGCUGUUCUGCCUAGGCUGCGAGCAGCUGCCGACUGA